UUUUAACGACUGCACGUUACAUGUAUUAUUAUUACAUUGAUGCAUUUUAAUCUGCGGACGAGCUCUUGUGAGCGCGCGUGUGUUUUAGGAUUCAAUAAUUUCAGCGGUUAAAUAAUGUUUUUUUUUAUCUAUUAAAAUAAAAAAUAUCGAAAUAAUAAAACCACCCGGGAAGUUAUGUCCCACCGUAGUUACGUCCGGGUCUGCGAGAGAUACAUAGCGAUGUAGGCACGUUACGGUGGAACGCCGAAGACGGCCGCUGACGGAGGCGAAGGCAUUCGGUUUAUCGCGACCGGCAUCGGCUUAUCUGAAUGUCAAUGUCCAAAGACGGUUCUUCCACCGUCUUCACUCAUCCUCUGGUCUUCUCCCACCCACAGACCGCCGUUAUCGCUUCGGCCGGUGCGUCCGUUAACACCGUUGUUUGCGAUCCGUUCGAGAAAGUCUCGAGUCGCCGACUGGCCGUUUACCCACAUUCGCGGUACAACAUUUUGAUAAUAAAUUACAGUAAUAUUCCGUUUUCGUCGCAAUAUUAUAAUACAUUAUUCCCGUACGAGAAAUUAUAGGACGGCAGAACCAUAAUGGCACAUUCACUGCGAUUGAUCACAUACCUGGUGCCCAGCCACCCCGUCGAGUUGUACGAGUGCAUCGCUCAUUUCCUGGAAGAACAGCUGAACGUCAGCGCGACGCUCGUCUACGAAUCCAGAGACCCCAUCGACCUGUACACCGAAGACCGUCCCGAUCCUUUUUGCUUAAAAGAAGUGGACAUAGGUUUUUUGAGCCCGACGCAGUACUUGAAAAUGAAAAUGACGAGAAAAAUCGAAUUGCUGCCGAUUACACCUGUGUUCGUGCAUCCCAAGAACGAGGCACAAAAACGAGGAUACUACGUGGACAUCAUUAUGCACACGGAUGUCGAAAAAACCGUCAAGUCGUUUCUGGACCUGAGAGGCAGCAGUUGGGGAUAUACGGGAGACAAUUCGCUCAGCAGCAGCCUCACCAUACAGAAGUUGCUCAGGGCGCAUGGCGAAAACUCUUCAUUUUUCGGCAAUACGAUAAAGACCGGAAAUCAUUUGUUGACAAUAGAGAAGGUGCAAGAUAAACAAGUGACCGCCGCAGCCGUUGACUCAGUAGCCUUUUACAAUUACAAAAACGUUUUGCACAAGGACUCGGACGACAUAACCGUUUUGCAAAGCGUCGGAGCACUGCCACCAUAUGCGGUUGUUUGCGGAAAAAAUUUAAACGGAGAUCUGAAAUCAAAAAUAGUGAACGUCCUGUUGAAAGCCACAACUACUCGGAAAUGGAAAGAAAAGUUCGAGAAGUUCGGUUUGAUUAAAUUCGUGGAAAACUCUCCCGACUCAUACACUGAACUAGAAUUCAGUGAGCCUCUGGACGGAAACGGGUUAUCUUCAAUCUAUUAUUGAGGAGACUUCGGUACUCAUAAAAUAAUUACGUCAUAAUAUUAUCACAGAUCCAUUUACCUAUUAUCGAUAAUUGCCGUUUGUUUUGAGUUGGACGAUCAAUAGUUUUUUUUUUUAACAUUAUAUACUAUUAUAAAUUAGUUUAGUUUUGUUGUCCUAUGUUAUUUAUAAUAAACAAUUUUCAAACAAUAAUCAAA